AUGGCGCCGGCGGAAGUCAUGCCGCCGCCUCCCGCGGAAGAACCCAGAGGGAUGACCGCGGCGAAGGCGAGAAAGGCCUCCAGCGCGGCCGCGGACUGGGCGCAGAAGCGCAAGCAAGCGCUCGAGCGCGCGACGGAGCUCAGGGCGCAGAGGAAGGCUGCGGAGCGCGCGAACGCGCCCCCGCCCGCGCCGGUUCGAGGAUUAGAGUCCGAUCCGCUCCCCCCGCCGCCGAGGUCGCGCGAAGAUAAUCCCGCGUGGUGGGAAGUCAACGAAGGCCCCGCGCCGGCGCCGGCGCCCACCGAAACCACCGCGGCAGAGCCGGAGAAGCGACGGCGGCGGCAGUGGGGCGACGCGGAGCCGGAUUCGGGCGCGCGACCGACGGCGGCGGACGCGUCGACGACGGAGACGACGACGAGAGACGCCGAAAAUGAAAAGCCGUCGACGCCGUCGCCGGAGUCCGAGCGCGCGUCCCCGGCGUCCCGAGCCGGGCGGCUUUUACCGUGGGAAGAGGAGAUCCUCGUGAAGCGAGCGACAGAGGAGGCGGAGAGGAAAGGCCAGCCGCCGCCGUCGCCGGAGGAGGUCAUCGCGAAGGCGACCGGGGACGACUCGCCGGAGAAAGCCGCGGACCCGUCGGUGUGGGGACCGCCGUUGCCCAAGCCGAGCGCCAAGCCGCGAGCGAGCGCGAAGGCGGCGGCGAGGCCGCUGGUCGGCGCGCCAGCGGCGGCGGCGAAGCGCAAGAACCCGAACCCGGCGGUCGUCGCGAAGACCGCCGCGGCGGGCGCGAGGGAGAACGUCGCGGCGAGCGGAAACGCGAAGCGCGACAAGCCGGCGGUCGGCGGGAUGGGCCGAGGCGUCGCCGGCGGCGGCUUGAAAUCCCGCCUCGCGCAGCAGUCCGCGUCCGCGGCGGCGAAAGAGAAGAAGAAGUCGCCGUACGCCCCGAGCGCGGUGCCCGGGUACAACAAGAACGCGCCCCCGGGGGGCGCGGGGACGAAAGCCAAAACCAAAACCGCCGCCGCGAAGCCGCGCGCGCCGACGAAGCGCGAGCAGACGACGCUCUCUUCUCGGCUCACGCUGCCGCGCCAACCGACCUCGUCGUCCCCACACGCGUUCCCGGACGACGAGGUCAUCGAGGACGACGUCGUCAUCGAAGCGGACGAGCUCGAGGAGGAGGAGGAGGAGGAGGAGGAGGAGGACGACUUCCCCGUGCACGUCGUGUCCACCGCGUCCGCGACGCCCGGGAAGCCGCCGGUUUCGGCGGCGGCGCCGGAACCGUACGACCCGAACCGUUACGUCGCCGCUGGCGAUGUAACACCCCACGAGGAGCGACCGGCGUCCGCGGCGGAGCGACGGACGGACCCGGAGGACGCGCUGGAGGUGGCGCAGAUGCUCGCGGGGUUCGCAGCGCGCGCGGAGGAAGUGAGGAAGUCGAGAGAGGACGUCGCGUUCAUCGCGGGGAAGGAUGCCGGCGCGGGCGGGAGCGGGAGCGGGAAGAAGAAGAAGAAGGAGAGCCCGAAGCCGGCGCCCGCGGAGAGAGACGGCGGCGAGGCGGAGAGCAAGAAGCAAAAGGCGUCGCCGCCGGAGCCCGCGCCCGCGCCGCCGCCGGCGGCGGCGGCGAGCGUCGCGGAAGCCUCAGCCUCGAGCGCGGAGCCGAUGCGCGCGGGCGAUGAGAACGCAAAGUCGCAGAAGAAGGUGAAGAGGAACGAUCCGAUGACGGCGUCGUGGGAGAAGCCCUCGAGCGCCGACCCGGACGAGCCGUCGAUCGGGUACGAAGCGUUUUUGAAACUGCAGGAGCGCGUCGUGAAGGAUCCCGCGCCGAAGCCGAUGAAAACGUCCGUGACGAAGCCGUUAUCCGACGAAAAAGUCGUCGCGGAAAAGAUCGCCGCGAAGAAAGUCGUCGCGAUCAAGGCGCCGAAGAAGCCCGUCGCGGUCGCGCCGCCGCCGACGGCGCCCCCCGCGGAACCCUCCGCCGCGGUCGCGCCGCCGCAGAAGUCGUCGAACAACCCGUGGAACGACGCGGUCAUCAAACCGAGAGUCCCGAAGAGCUCUUCCAGCGGGAACAACGGCGAGGAGAAGGCGUUCCGUCAGAUGUUCGACAAGAGAGAAUCGCGGCGGAUGAACGCGAAACCGUUCGCCGCCGCGGUGCAACGGUGGCGCCUGCGUCGCGCGUCCAGAGGCGGCAAAGCGUCCAAGCCGAGGGAAGAAAAAGCCGGCGGCGUCAAGGUGUACGUGCGCAAGCGCCCGCUGUUCGCGCACGAGCAAGAACGCGGCGAGUUCGACGUCGUCACCGUCCCGGACCCGCCCGCGCCGAAGACGACCGUGGACGCGACGGAGAUUGUCGUGCACAACUGCCAGAUGCACGCGGACUUGAAGCGGAUGUUUGUGAAACACGCGUCGUUUGACGUGUCUCGAGCGUUUGGCGAAGCCGCGAGCUCCGAGGAGGUGUACGCCGUCGCCGCGGAGCCGAUGGUUCGCGGCGCGCUCGCCGGCGGGGUCGGCGCUUUGUUCAUGUACGGGCAGACAGGGAGCGGGAAGACGCACACGAUGGAGGCGAUCGAAACCGCCGUCGUGAGUGCGUUAUUCAACUCGGGCGCGGUGAAGAACGUCACCGUCGCGUACUUUGAAAUCGCGGGGAAAAAAGUCACCGACUUGCUCUCCCCCGCCCGCGCGGAGAUUUCCAUCAAAGAAGUCGGCGGCGGCCUCGUCGGCGCCGGCGCCGGACGCGCGCUCGAGCCCGAAGAGUACCGUCAGCUCGACGUCCUGCUCCUCGGCGCGGUCGAACCCAAGGCGAGCACCGCGAGCGAACUCGCGGCCAUCGUCGCCGCCGGAAAGUCGCGCCGCGCGACGUCCGCGACGCAUUGCAACGCCGCGUCAUCUCGCUCGCACGCGGUGCUGCGGCUCACGUGCGCGCUGCGCGACGGCAGCGCGCACACCGGGAGGCUCACGCUCGUCGAUUGCGCGGGGUCCGAGCGCAAGGAGGACAACAUGCAUCACAGCGCGGAUCAGAGGAAGGAGACGGCGGAGAUCAACGCGUCGUUGUACGCGUUGAAGGAGUGCGUGCGGAUGCGUCGGCUGCAGCAUCAGCGAUUCGGGUUCAACGGCGCGGGCGGAGCGAAGAACGCCGCGGACGCCGGGCACGUGCACGUGCCGUACCGAAGCUCGCACCUCACGAGAGUGCUCAUGGAGUGCUUCGUCCGCCCGGACGCGCAGCUCGGGGUCAUCGGCACGGUGUCCCCCGCGUCGGUGGACACGGAGCACUCGGUGUCGACGCUCAAGACGGUCGGGAUGAUCGGCGGGAUGGAGGAGGGCGAUUCGUGGCACGACGAGAUGAAGGAGGACGUACCGAGGAACUUGACGAUGCGCGACGACGGCAGCGUCGUGGAGACGAGGGUCGAGCGCGUCGUCGCGCCCGUGCGGUGGAACAACGCGCACAUCCGCGCGUGGAUCGCGAGGCCAGGGAACGAGAAGCUCGCCGCCAAGGUGAUCGUGCCCAAGAGCCUCGCGGGGCGGGACAUCGUUCGAAUGAACCCCGCGGCGCUGCUGAAGCUGUGCGGGGGGGAUCAUAAGCUGUCGCAGGUGAUGCACAACAAGCUCCGCGAGGAGAUCGCGCGGUGCAGCAGCAAGAACCUGUCGUGA